UGAGUAGAACCAGUAGCGUCACUUCAUAAAAAUAGCGUCGGAGAAUUGCUACAGCGCAUGCGCUACAUUACUACCCACAAUAUGGCGUCAACUGUAUAAUAAGCACAUGUUCUGUGAGUGAAGUAUGGUUAUGUUAUGUUAUAUUAUUACAUUAUUAUAUUAUUAAACAAGAUUUGUGUUAUGGAGCGUGUAAUUGUUGGCGGUUUUAUGUGCGCAAUGAGUGAUUGCAAUAACAACUCGGGAGCGGAUCGUCAUUUAAGUUUCUUUCGUUUUCCAUCUAAUUCAGAAAGAGCAAAAGUGUGGCUACAAGCGUGUGGGAUAAAAAAGAAUAUUCCAGAAAAAAACUCUACAAUAAUUAUAGAGUUUGCUCGAAACAUUUUGCCCCCCACAUGUUUUUAAAUAAUUUAAAGAAUCGACUUCAGCCAUAUGCAGUUCCAAUAAGUGCGGUUCCUAAUAUUUCCAACGAAGCUGUCACUGCUACUGAAAGUGAAAUCAACGUUGAAACUUCAAUAGAAAAUUGUAUAGAAGAUGUACAAGUAAAUGUGCCCGAAGUUAAAAUCAGUUAUUCAAGAGCCAAUUUGACAGGUAACUAUCCUGCCAAAAUAUUCAGCGCAUAAUUAUCAACAAAAUUAUUCUUAUUUGAGAGCGUUCCAAUUGACAAUGACGUUGUAAUUAACUUACAGCGAUGGGUGCAUAGAAGUUUUCUUUUGAAACAGCCAAUCAACAAAUUUUAUAUUAAAUAAGCCUAUUAGCAACGUGAGCAAUUGAGUGCUACUCUUUGAAUUGUUGAUAUUAACAAAACAGAAAUAUAUUAAUUUUCCAUGUGAACUAAAUAUUUUACAUAAAAUAACAAUAAUAACAUAGAAAUAAAUUAUUGUAUUUUAUAAUAAAUUGUAAAUUAUAAAAAUUAUUAACUAUCAGCUCAUAUAUUCUUAAAUAGUAAUUGUAAAAGGCUAAAAAACGAGCGCAUAAUUAGAUCUUAAUAUAAUUAAUAUAAUUAAUUUAUUCCGUAUUAAAUAUAAAGAUGUAACGUUUUGGCGUAUUUAAUCUUCCUCAGCCGUCAAUAAUAAAUAUUCAAAUACAUAACAAUAUUAAACAAUUAAGUUGAAGUAAAAUUAAAUUAAGUCUCAAAAUAAUUCACAAAUAACUCUAAUUACGUUCGUUUUUUUAGCCUUUUACAUUACUACAUUAUAAAUUGUAUUUAGCAUAAAGUAAAAAUUGUAUAUCUUUUAGAAAUUGUACAUUUUUAUAAAUUAUAUAUUUUUAGAAUGAUUAAUUUAUAUCCAUAUAGAGUGUAAAAUAUAAAAGAAUUGUGUAUUUUUAUUUUAUAAGAGAAUAUGAAUCAUUGAUCAAGAAUUUAUGCUGUAAAUCGACGUCUUAUGCAUAAUUUGUAAUAAAUCUAAUUGUACAUU